UUUAAUUAUAAUCAAACACUCAGCCUUCGUAAUCAAAGCCCAACUUUUAUUUUUUUAUUGGAUUUUCUUGUUUGUUUUUGAAUGAUUUCUCGAUGCUUAGAUCGUUUACUACCCCUACGUUUCAAUUAUCUUUGGAUGUGAAAGUUUGUCAAUCUAUAUUAGUUUCUUUCAUAUUAAUUAGUUGAAAUUUGGAAUUUUGAUAAUAUCUGUGCUGUCUCUUGAUCAAAGCCCCAAGAUUUGAAAGGUGCUGCUUUUUCUGUUCUUUGGUCAUUGGGAUAGUAAAGCUUAGCUUUUUCUCCUACCAUGCCCAUUAAUUUUUAUUAUUAAGUUUCAUGGUCACUUCUUGAGCAAUCCCAGUUAUUGGAUGGUAUCAUCUGCUGUAGUCAAAGGAUGGAUUGACCUUUAAUACAAAAAAUUUCAAUGAGAUAAAUGCUUCGUGCAUCUGUUUUCACACCAGGAGUUGUAAACCACAUAAAGAAUAAGUUAUGGCUGGACAUGGUGAUUCAAGUUCAUCUCAGAAGAAAUCAAGUGAAGUUAUGAAUGAUGUACCAACUUUUAGUGCGGAGAAUUUGCAAAAUAACAUGAAAGUUAUAUAUUACAGCCGAACGUUUAUGUCGAUCAUUGGAGGGGUUAUUGCUGGAAUUUUAGGGUUCACAGGCUUUAUGGGUUUUAUCUUCUAUUUUCUUGUCAUGGCAGUUACUUCAAUUGGACUCAUUGCAAAGUCAAAGUUCUCAGUUCACUCUUACUUUGAUAGCUGGAACCGGAUAAUACUCGAUGGAUUCAUGGGUGGGCUUAUGUCAUUCGUGCUAUUCUGGACUUUUGCCUAUGACAUUGUGCAUAUAUUCUGAAGAAGCAUCUGCUUCAUUUCGCCUGGAAGAGAAGCUUUGUUGUCGUCCUCGCUGCUGGCUACAACUCUAUGACAUAUUCUUACAAUCUUGUUGAUUUGUAAGCGGAUUCCAUAGUGUCGUGUCCAUCCACGUUUAUCUUUUAAUUCCUUUCUAUUAGUUUUUCGUUUCCUUAAUUCCUAGAUUCAAUCAAACCUUGGGGAGAUAGUCAAGUCUUUUUAUGUUUCUAGCUUGUUGCUAUUUGCUAAUAUAGAGAAAUGCUCUGAGAUUGGUAAAAGGAAUGAUCUUUCCAAGUUUAGUAAUGGAUGUCUUUAUUUUUAUGCAUGCUUCUUGUUUUGCAGAUUGUCCCAUAAAUUUAUAGUUAGUGCAUUCAUCUUGAUCUCUAAAUUUUGGCAUUGGUAGAUAUGUGGUCAUGGAUUUUAAUAUCCAAAUAAUCUUUCUAACCUUUUUAUUUUUGCAAAUUACAUUAUCCCUCCA